GCUUAAAUUCCACCAAUUGCCGAUGAAAUAAAUCCAAAAAACCGACGACACACAUACACGCACUCUCUCCCCGACUCUUCAUCGGGGAUUCGAAGAUGGCGAAAUUUGGUGAUACAUUUACUUGCGUCUCUGGUGAUCUGAGGCAGUAGAUAUCUACCGCGAGUAUUGUUAUCCCGUCACCGUCGCUCGGAUCUGGGGAACGCACAACGGAUUGGUGCUGAAGAACGAGAUCAGGACCCUUGCUGGUGGGAUAGAUGACCUCCAGUGGUCCGCCGAUGGGGUGAGGAUCGUUGCGCCCGAGCCUUCAUGUGAGUUAUCUCCCUCGGUUCUAUCGUUUCGCCGAAAAUUUUCAGACAAUGUUUGGUUUACCUUUGGUAUUCCAUUUAGGAUUUCUAUAGUCUUGUCGAUGACUUCAGUGAUUGCACGCUCCUCUCUUCCGACAGCAGACGGGUGGGAUAAACUGCUUGGUGUGUGAUUGUAUACUACUCCACCGUUUUCGACAUUUCUGGUUGAAAAGACUCUUGUGAUCUCGCCUGCUUUUUUUUUUUUUUUACCCUCAAUGAGAAAUCCAACCGCGCGCUUCCUUGUUUUUUUAACCUCCUCUGAGUGAUUUUUGGCUGUUCCCUUUUGAUUUUUUUUUUGGAAUUAGGGGGUAUAGACAAAUUUUUUUAAACUAGGUCCCGGCUCUCACGGUAAAAUCAUGAAGGGCAAUUCUGUCAUUACGUUCGACGCUGUUUGGCGCAGGGUGGGGGCACCGUGUAACGGAUCAUGGAAACGGUUGAGCGAUGAUUAUGUACCUCCACGUGGCCGAACGUUAUACGACGAGUUUUUCCCUCCAAAGUUCAUCGUUCAGCUCCAUUUUGCUUCCUUUAUAGACAGGCUUAAAGAAAGAAAGAAAGAAAAGAAAGCAACAAGAAAAUAAAGAAGAGAGGCAAGCUCCAAGUUCCAUUAAUGGUGGGCGCCAAGCUUUUCCUCUGCUCCCUCCCCCUUUACUUCAUUCUCUCCGUCGCUCUUCCUUCCCACUCCGUCCCCGACGCCGUGAAAACCCUUUGGGAUUCCGGCCUCACCGGAAUGUCCCUUGUGAUGCAAUAUGGCGGCGAACGAGUCACGCCAUCGUCGGAAUAUCCAUCCCUAACAGUUUUCGCUCCUUCAGACGCUGUUUUCGAGCGGUUUGGCCAGCCUUCUCUCGAUCAGAUUCACCUCCAUUACUCGCCGAUGCGUCUCUCACCGGAAACUCGUGGCUCGCUCUCAGCCGGCACGAAGAUCCCGACUCUGACGCCCAACCGAUCGUUAAUCGUCACAUCGUCCCCCUACGACGGAGUUCUCUCACUUAAUGGCGUCAAGAUAACAAGUGGAUCUCCCGAGUACGACGAUAGAUCGCUGGUGGUUUUCGAGGUAGACGGGUUUUUCGACUCGGAAUUCGAAAUUUCGGACCCGGAUCACGGAAAUCUCUCGUGCACGGCCCCGUUCAGCGGCAGAUUUUCCGAUCUGCGAGAGAAGCAGUCCUUCGUGAUAGCUGCCAAGGCAUUGAGGUCCAAAGGCUACGCUGCGAUGGCAUCGUUUCUGGAAACGCAGAUAGGCGAAGUCGCGGACGGAGCCUCGAUCACUGUGUUUGCUCCGAUAGACGAAUCUGUAAUCGAUUUAUCCUUCCGAUUCGGAGAACAGGCAUCCCUCUUCCUCAGCCACGUGUUGCCGUGCAAGAUUUCUUGGAGGGAACUCUCCGAUCUCGAAGAUGGGGCUGAGCUGCGGACUUACAUGGAGGGAUUCACGAUCAACGUGACCAGAUUCAACGGCGGCGUUAGGCUAAACGGAGUUCUGCUCGUGGAGAGAGAAGUUUUCUUGGGCGAGAGAGUAGUCGUUCAUGGGAUCGCUGGAGCUAUUGGUACUCUGGAAGUGAAGACGGAUGGGCUUGUGUCGUCUGGGAGCCAUACGAGAGUUCAUAGUGGAUUGGUUGAGUUUCUAGGUUUCUGGGUUCUGUUCGUUACAAGUCCGGUGUGCUUGCUUGUUCUUCGUCGAGGCAUGAGCUCUUUCUCAAAGACAGAAAUUCAUCGCAGUCAAAUGACAGAAUGUAAGAAUUUUCCAAGUGAAGCCCGAUGAGUUACCCACUGGGCCUGCGAACUCACCUGAUCCUGGAAUCCACACGUGUCAUCUUAUCCUCCAAUUAAACAUUGGUCAUUGCUGAUUAAACGAAGAAACACGGCUUCUCCUUCUGUAAACGGCGUCGUUCUGCUAUCUAGAUGCUUAUAAAACGA